AUGGCUUUCUUUUUUGUGAGGUUUUCCCCCGAUCCUGGCCUAGUGCAUCCAGGGGGGCCCUUCCCCCCUCUGGGGGGGGGCAAUUCUGUCUUGCUCCCAGUGUUCAGCUAUUGGUGCUACAACUCCUCAGGCAGCCUCCUGGGCUCCUCGGGGCUGCCGGGCCCCUUUGCUGGCAGCGAAAUGGAGAUGGACAAUGGGUGGCCUGGCAGGGCGCCCAGAGAGGGUGGAGGGGAGGCUCCCAUCCCAGCCAGUUCAAAGGCUCCACUGGUGGAACCUGAAUGUGACUCAUCUCAGCUGCAGAGAAUCAAAGGCUGCCGGAUGACAAUGAUCUCUUGUUCUCAUCCAUAA